AUGGCGAACUACCUCGCCAGCAUCUUCGGCACCGAAGCCGACAAGGUCAACUGUUCCUUUUACUACAAGAUCGGCGCAUGCCGGCACGGCGACCGCUGCUCGCGCAAGCACGUCAAGCCCUCCUACAGCCAGACCAUCCUGCUGCCCAACCUGUACCAGAACCCAGCCUACGACCCCAAGAAUAAGAUGAACGCGUCUCAAUUGCAGAACCACUUUGACGCCUUCUACGAGGACUUCUGGUGCGAGAUGUGCAAAUUCGGGGAGAUUGAAGAGGUCGUCGUAUGUGACAAUAAUAACGACCACCUCAUCGGCAACGUCUACGCGCGCUUCAAGUACGAGGACUCGGCGCAGAAGGCCUCGGACGCCCUCAACUCGCGCUGGUACGCCGCGCGCCCCAUCUACUGCGAGCUCUCGCCCGUCACCGACUUCCGCGAGGCCUGCUGCCGCCUGAACUCGGGCGAGGGCUGCGUGCGCGGCGGCUUCUGCAACUUCAUCCACCGCAAGAACCCGAGCCCCGAGCUGGACCGCGAGAUCGAGCUGAGUACCAAGAAGUGGCUGCGCCUGCGCGGCCGCGACGAGCGGAGCGCGAGCCGCAGCCCCAGCCCCGAGCCGACGAGGAAGAGGUACUAG